AUGACUGGCGAGUCACAGAGAAGACGUGGUCAAAGUUUUAAUACUCUCUUGACUUCUUUUGGCAUCAGACAACAACAAGCAAGCGAACCCGCUUCGGCAAACAACAGCCAACACGGCUCACAACCUGUUGAUAUACACUCAGUUUCCAACCAUUUACCAUCCCAUGUAAGUUCUGAGUCAAAUUUAAAUUCUACUGCUUUAGAAACGCAGAAUAGCGCAACAAACAACGGGGGUAUUGUAAAUUUAACUAGUAUGCUCGGAACCACCCCUUUUGAUCCUGACGACCCCCAUCAGGCUGGUACUGUGGGUACUAUCAAUUCAGCAACACUAGUUCAACAUUCGGUGCACCAGGUUGUCUCGCAGCUUCCUAUUACAUUAGUCCUUGGUCAACCAGAGCAGUCUGCUGAUAACAGCGGCAACCAUAACAUAGCAUCUUCUGCUUUUGACAGUAAAGAAUCCAGCGCUACAUCGCUUAAGAAUGUUCGUCACUUCAUCUAUCCAGCUACUCCGCCUAGUGACGCUAAGAAGCUCUACUUGGACUUGCCGCAAGAUGGAAGAAUGGUAGAGCCGUCGGAUGAGCAUACUAUAAAAUUACGCAAGGACAAAAAUGGUUUGUUUUCGCUUCGUUUAACACCUUUCAUAGACCAUUCAGCCUCGAAUAACCCUGGAUUGUUUUUUGACCCCAUAGUUCGGACGGCUGGACCCACUUCUCAGUUAGUGAUUGGGAGAUACACGGAGAGGGUCCGUGAAGCGAUCGGCUCGUUACCAGACCAAUUUCAUCCUGUUGUAUUUAAAAGUAAGGUGGUAUCUCGUACUCAUGGGGUUUUCAAAGUGGAUGAACAAGGGAACUGGUACGUCCGCGAUGUUAAGUCUUCUUCAGGCACAUUUUUGAACCACCAAAGAUUAGCGCAGGCGUCGGUGAUGUCGAAGGACUUUCCUUUGAAAGAUGGGGAUAUUCUACAACUGGGCAUGGAUUUCCGUGGGGGGACAGAGGAAAUUUAUAGAUGUGUAAAAAUGAGAGUUGAGCUAAACAAGUCAUGGAAAAGAAGGGCAAACGCAUUUAACAAGGAGGCUCUAGCGCGUCUAAGGAAUUUGCAAAAAUUGACCGUCGGGCUGGAAGAAGAAGACUGCUCAAUCUGCUUGUGCAAAAUAAAGCCAUGUCAAGCUGUUUUCAUAUCACCGUGUUCCCAUAGUUGGCACUACCAGUGUAUACGCCGUUUGGUCAUGACACAAUACCCGCAAUUCGUGUGUCCCAACUGUAGAUCUUCAUGUGAUUUAGAAGCUAGUUUGGAUUCGGAUGAUGAUGAUGAGGAGGAGGACUGCGAAUAUACGAACGAGGACAUUGCUAUCGAUUCGCAAGACCGCAGUCCGGUAGCCAUGGCUAUUCAAGAAGAGAAUGAGGAAGAUAUACAGAUGAUGAGCUAA